GAAUUCCUCAAUGAAACUGAUUAUUUAUUGAGGUAUUUCAAGUAAUGUAUUCUUCCUUACUGUCAGGUACUUGACGUUUUGGUUUGAAAUGGAAUUUAUUCUUCCAUUACCCCAUUACAAUGAGGCAUCUUCGGAAUCCAGAGUUCACUGGAGCUUUAUGAAACAGAGGCUUAAAAGCAUUUCUAAUUUGGGUCAGGAUUCCGAAAGAAAAACACACUUGCCGUGCUCUUCUGUUUUACUCCACAUAGGUGGCGCUGAUAUAUAUGAACUCUUUAAUAGUUUACCUUUACAAAAAAAGCCAGAUCCCAGUAGUAUAAAUAACUUGUUAGAUCAAAUUGAAGAUAGAUGUAUGUCAGGUUUUAUAUUAUUGUAUGAACGUUUUAAAUUUUUUACAUGUAAUCAAGUAGGAAAAGACAGUGUUGGUGAGUACAUAGCAAGUGUGCAAUCUCAAGCUAGGUACUGUGAAUUUUAUGAUCAUAUAGAAAAAUAUGUUGUGGGUAGAAUUAUAAAUGGCGUUAGUGAUGAAAAGCUACGCAUAAAGUUGAAAGGAAAAAAUUCCUUGGAUCUAAUUACAGUUUUUGAUAUUUGUGGUAAAAAUAGUGAGUGUAAUUCAGACACUAUUUCAGAAAGGGAAGAAAAAGUGGUGAAGGAAAGUAAGUUGAUGCUUGGAGGGCAUCAAACUCGCGACAGAGAUCAAAGACUGAAUGCCAGGUUGAAUAGAAUAAGCACGAUUAAGUCUAAAUUAAACUCUAAUUCACUGUUGUUGAAAAAAAAGAGAAGUAUUAUUUCAAGCUCAGUUUCUGUUAAUGCGAAAACCUCAAAAGUGAAAAGUUUCCACACUAAAAAUGUGACAGAAGAGAAUGGUUCAGCUACAAAUAAAAACUCUUUAUUUGACAAUGACAUUUUCCAACACCAGCUGCAUAAUAGCAAUCCAGCUGUUACUUUCACGUACAUCCCUGAAAAAGAUAUAAUCUCUGAAAUAUGUGUGACUGUUGAUAGAGACUCGUGUGAACGUAAAGAUUUUGGAUCAUCUCCUGCUAAACUGCAGUUCAUUAGUGAAGAAAAUUACAACCAUGAUGAUCAAAAUUCUUGUGAUUACGAAAAAGAAAAUGAUUCCAUUAUGGAUCAGGAUAAUUACGAUUCCAAAUCAAAGAAAAUAAAAACCUGUGCCGUGUGUGGUAGGGCCUACAAGUCAGCGCACAAGUUAAAAUGUCACAUGCUGACUCACACAGGUCAAAGGUUGUACAAGUGUCAAGUGUGUGACUUGGGUUUUCUCCACUCUGGCAGCAGGUCACGCCACAUGAGACACGCCCACCCUGAGCUCCUGGCAUUCAAAUGUCCCGAGUGUCACAUGCUGUUUGAGCUCCAGACGGCUCUUGACCAACAUCAGCUCUCACACUCUAAAGAUAUAAAAAUUUCAUGCGAGGACUGUGGACAGACGUUUUUCAGCACGCGUGAUCAUUACCAGCACAGGAGGAGUGAACAUCGUAACACGCGCUACAGCUGUGAAAUAUGUGGGCUUUAUUUCCCUUACCCCUCAAAGCUUAAACUUCAUCUUAUGAGCAAACACAAUGCAACUAAACCUUACAUGUGUGAAAUUUGUGGUUCGGCUUUUGCGGAACAGAACAUGCUUGUUAAUCACAAAAAUAUCCACUCUGGUGAAAAAAACCAUGAGUGUACAACUUGCGGGCAGAGAUUUUUAUUAAAAACAACUUUAAAUAAUCAUAUGCAGACACAUUUGGAUCUUAAACCCUACACAUGCGAUAUUUGUGGGAUGAGUUUCAAGCUGUCCUACUAUCUUAAAAGUCACAUGAAAGUACAUUCUGAGAAUAGAGAGCGCCCCCACGCUUGUUCUACCUGCGGGGCUGCCUUCUUUAAGCCUGGCCAGCUGAAAAACCAUGAAAGAAAGCACACAGGUGAAAAGCCAUACAAAUGCGAGUUUUGCAAUGCAUUAUUCUCCCAAACUUCCAGCAUGAAGAAACAUAUUAAACAAAUUCAUGAAGGUUUGAAACUGGAUGAUCGUUUCUCAUGUGAAUAUUGUGGUCUUUCUUUUACGCAUUCCUGUAAAUUAAAAUUACACCUAAUGAAGCAUACAGGCGAACGACCUUUUGUUUGUAAAAUUUGUAAUUUAUCCUACAAGCAAAAUCACCAGUUAGCUAUCCACAUGAAAACACACAGUGGGGAAGAGCCUUUUAAAUGUCCAAUUUGUGGUCGCAAGUUUUUGCAAAAGUCUUAUCUUGAGGGGCACAUAAGAAAACACACAGGGGAUAAACCUUUCAAGUGUAAAGUAUGUGAAUCUGGUUUCACUCAGAAAAGCUAUCUAAGAUCUCACAUGAAAAUUCACAGCCAAAACCGAGAAAGGAAUUAUAAAUGUAACGUAUGUGGUAAAGCUUUUACAUGCUCAUCGCAUGCUAGAAGCCAUGAGAGAAUUCACUCGGGAGAUAAACCUCACCGCUGUGAAAUCUGCAGCAGCAAGUUUACCAAACGUUCCUCUCUUAAAAAGCACCUGCGAAGAAUUCAUGGCACUCAAAAUGUCUUAAACUGCCCAGACACCGACACUUCAGUGCUGGACAACACCCAACAUGUUACAUCUCAGAUCAACUCUACUGCGAUGUCACUUCCUGUCUGCUCUGCCAACCUCACCCAGGACAUUCAAGACCAACCACUGAUGCACCCUGGGAUUCACACCGCAUGUAUAGACAACAGCCUUGUGUCACAGAAGGAACCAGACACAGCACAAGCCAUAAGCUCGACACUGCCAUCUGCUCUGGGCUGUAAACUAGUGCCAAGUUUUUCUCUGAUAGCAAGUCAGCAACACUUGAGUGGUAGUGAGUUACAUUCCUGUCUUCACCACAGGCUUCCAGGCAUCCAGUCUUCUAUACAGCAUACUGAUCCAGUGCCAGAACUACAUAUCUACACUAUAUCAAGUAGUUAA